AUGAAAGCCAAGCAUGACGAGGAUAGUUACAAGACCCCACCGCCAAGGACAACAAAGAGUGUGAAAGAGUCAUCCAGUAGCAAGCCCAAGGUCAAGCGGUCUAUUUCGUUUGGGGACGACACUGUCCAUGACAUCAAGGCUGAGAAUGAUGGACCUGGGCUGAAGCAAGCUGAUGCAAUCCUCAAGCAGUUGAAGGACCUUUGGGGUACAUGUUUGGAUAACGCUGAUGAGGAUGAUGAGAGUGAAAGUGGGGGAAGCGAAGAGGACCCUACUAGCUCUGAAGAUGAGGAAAGUGAUUGUGAUGUGAUCGCCGAUGAGGACAAUUCCAGUCAGGAGUCAUCCGAUGAUGACGAAGACGAUGAAGAUGAAUGCAGUGAAGAAGGAGGAGUAGGAGAUGAAGACAGCGAAGGCGAACGGGAAGAAGAGGAAGAGGCAAAGGGAGAAGAGGACCAGGAGGAGGAAGAGGAAGCAACAAAAUCCAAAGCCAAGAAGGGCGCAGGGAAGAAGGAGAAGGAAUAUAAAAAGGGGAAGUCCAGCAAAGAGAAGAGCAAAGAGAAGAAGGAGGGGAAGAAGAAGAAGCCUGAGAGUGAUGGUUCUGAUGAUGACAAGACUGACAAGACCAAGAAGAGAAGAAAGGAUGAGGAUGAGGAGGACAAUGAGGGCAGCAAGAAACCGAAGAAACUUGCAGAGGCUGAGAAAGCUUCGCACAAGUGGAAUGCUACGAAUGCGCGGGCAAAGUGGCAGAAGUUUGGUCGGUGGGAGACGCGGAACCAAUUGUUCAACCACUUCGUUGAGAAAGACUGUCAGUUCGCUGAGGUUGAGGCCCACUUCGAGUUGUCUCUUCAGGAGUCCCAACGCUCAAAGGUGAAGUAUGGGUUCAAAGGGCAGCAGUGGCUAGAGACUACGCACGGUCCCAAAAAAGCCGCUAAGAUUAUGGAGAGGAAGACCCGUUUGGGGUUGACGAUGGACGACCCUGAGCUCCCCGGAGAGAAUGAGAAGUUGUACUUCGUGCUCAUUGAUUUGGACAUAACGGACACCAAAGAACUCCGGAGGGUGGUUCAACUCGAGAUGAAUGGUGAGUUAGACCAAGAUGGCCUCAAGGCCUUUGUCGAGGCUGGUGGGUGCUUGGAUGGCAAGCAGCAUCUUGGUCUUGGGCAAAUGGUGGGGGCCGAUGGCAUGCAGAAGCUGUUGAACUCAACCGGAUCAAAAAGGAAAGCUGAGAACCCCAAAGACAAACCAAAGAAGGAGAAGAAGGUAGGGCAGGGUUGUGACUACAUGUGUGCACCCUUCAGUCCCCAUUGUUUCAGGUGGUUCCCGAGAGCCCCCUGGAGAAAGCCCAAGCACUGA